UUGGCCGAGUCAGACGCGUCCGGAGAGCGGCAGCCAAUAGGAGGCGCAGGCCUGCGAAGCUGGUGGGCAAGAAAGGCCUGCUAGCCCGCGCCUCUCUGGGAUCCUCGCCGCCCAGGUUGGACAUCAUGCCACAGGAAGAGUGAGCUCUUGCCCAUUUUACCAUGGAGGACUUGGGAAAGACUUUUGGAUCAGAGGAGGAAGAAGCAAACUAUUGGAGAGACCUGGCCAUGACCUACAAGCAGAGGGCAGAGAAUACACAGGAAGAACUCCGAGAAUUCCAGGAAGGAAGCCGGGAAUACGAAGCUGAAUUGGAGACCCAGCUGCAGCAAAUUGAAACCAGGAACCGGGACCUAUUGUCAGAGAAUAACCGCCUUCGAAUGGAGCUGGAGUCUGUGAAGGAGAAGUUUGAAAUGCAGCAUUCAGAGGGUUACCGGCAGAUCUCUGCCUUGGAGGAUGACCUGGCUCAGACGAAAGCCAUUAAAGACCAACUGCAGAAAUACAUCAGGGAACUGGAACAAGCCAAUGAUGACCUGGAAAGAGCCAAACGAGCCACAAUCAUGUCCCUGGAAGACUUUGAGCAACGUUUGAAUCAAGCCAUUGAAAGAAACGCCUUCCUGGAGAGCGAGUUGGAUGAGAAGGAGAAUCUUCUAGAAUCUGUGCAGAGGCUGAAGGAUGAAGCCCGAGAUCUGCGGCAGGAAUUGGCUGUGCAGCAGAAGCAAGACAAGCCCCGGACACCCAUGCCAGGCUCAGGGCAAGCCAAAAGGACAGACAUGGCUGUGCAGGCUACAGGCUCUGUACCAUCUACUCCAGUAGCUCACCGAGGACCUAGCUCUGCUUUGAACACACCAGGAAUGUUCAGACGUGGUCUGGACAGCUCCAGUAGUGGGACCCCACUCACACCUGCAGCCCGGAUAUCAGCCCUAAACAUCGUUGGGGACCUUCUUCGCAAAGUUGGGGCCCUGGAGUCCAAACUAGCAUCAUGCAGGAACUUCAUGUAUGAUCAGUCCCCAAGCCGGACAAGUGGGCCAGCCUCAGGUCGAGGAACCAAAAACAGAGAUGGUGUUGACAGAAGGCCAGGCAGCACCAGUGUGGGCGAUAAAGGGAGAGAAAAUUGAGACCCUAUGAGACUUGUUCCUGCUCUUGACAUUCACUCUUAGAACCUUGGGGGCCCUGUGCUAGCCACUGGGAUACUGCUGUCUCAUCUGUUAAAUAUGGUUUGCUCUGUCUGAAGGUCAGGAAAACGCUUGGAGUUUGGGAAGCCAGCCUCAGAGCCAGCGUCACCAGCGCUACCAUCCACCCAGGGCGUGGUCAAGCUUUUGCUUUAGGACCAGUGGAGACUGCACCCUCACCUGCCUUCCCUACUUUAGAGGCAUUUUUUAGUCACUUUAUUUUCAAGGUAGUUUGAGAAGUAAGAGUCACCAUCACCAGCAUUCACUUUGUGCUGUGCAACUUAAGCUUACUGAGGCUGGUGGUGGUGGACUUGGCAUCAUCCCUAUCAUGUGGCCCAGUCCCUAGCAGUGUAUGUCAUUAAAAUGAGCUCCCCCCGGCUCAUUGGCUACUUUUAGUGGCCUCCAGAGGUGUUUUGAAUCUGUACAAUCUUCAGAGCAGAACUAAAGCCCAGCUCAGGAGCUCUCUGCAGCCUGCUUCCAGCUGACGCUAUCUUCUGGGACAUUCUCCUGGUGCAUUUACAGCAUGAUUAAAUUGUGUCUAGGACUGGGAGAUUACAGAGGCAAAAGGCUUUUCCUAAACUAUGGUCAUGUACCUUUGACACUUCAACACUGUCUGCCUCUUGGGUCAGUGGGAGACUAUCCUCUAUAGAUGAACACUGACUCCUGUCUUCCUUGAGUCCCCUGCCCUGAUGUUGGGGUGGCAUGUGCAUCAAGACCCUGGACAACUUGUAUUGCACUGGCCUUUGUUACACCAUCCAUAAGAACAGAGCCUCAUCCAGCCAGCAGGGCUUCAUCCAGACACCGUAGAGCAACCAGGGUGACUAAAGCAUGAGAUGGAGAUCACCGCAUCGGGAUGUGGAAAGAUCAGCACAGGCUCUGCAAUGCCAACUCAUCUCUCAUCUCUGAGGUGUAGCACUGCCUCACGCUUCAGUCCACAAUGAGAAGAGCACCCUAAUAAUAGCAGAAUAUUGGUACCCUUCACUGGCUACUAACUUAUUUUCUAAUUGAUGGUUAAACUGGUCUAGAGUCAGACCUAGAGCUUUCUGUGUGCUACUGACAUUCACAAGGUGGUUUUAAGCUGCUUGGCUAUUUGUUCUCCUUAGACCUAAUAACCUGGGAAAAGAUGGAAAUAAAAUAAAAUCAAAAGAAAUGCCCUAG